AGAAAUUUUGCUCAAAGUCUUUGCUGUUUGCGUAGACGCCUGGCUCAGUUAAGGAUUGCGGACCAUCUGGAAUCCGGAGCAUGUUCCAAAAGCAUUUAGGUCGUCGUAGCCGCGGCGUGCUGCUGUCGAUUUUGCUCUCCGUGGUUCUGGUGGCCGGAGGAUGGACGGCCUUUGAGACCUUCGUCCAGCCGGGCGGAAACCGCGGUGGACUCCGCCCUUCGCAACAGGUCAAGAGUUCUCAUGGUGGCAGCUCCAGCUUGCCAGACGGAGAAGACAGCCAGUCUUUACGCUUUGUCGGUACCUCGCUGGGCGCCUUGGCGUUGGGCGCCUUUGGCUGUUUGGGCCUGCGUGCGCGGGAGCGUCUUGUUCGCCAGUCGAGAGGCGGCUAUGAUUCAGGCGAAGAGCUACGACUGCCCGAGGGCUGCAUCAUCGGUGACCUCUCUGAAGGCUGCGUUGAAUACUGGGCAACACCUUGUGCAGAGAUGACCGUCGGUGUCCUCAAGGAGACUGCGCUGCAGAGUGGCACCAAAGAGAUCGAGAAGCGGGUCAGUGCCACCCCGGCGUCGGUAAAGAUGCUCCAAGCUGAAGGCUUCCGUGUUGUCGUGCAAGCUGGCGCUGGUGUGAACGCUGAGUUCUCGGAUGACGACUUCCGGGAGGCCGGUGCGGAGGUCUUGCCAGAUGCCAAGGCGGUGAUGCAUCAGGCAACUAUCAUCUUCAAGGUUCGCCCUCCAAGCGAGAAAGAGGUUGGAGCCAUGAGAAAGGACACCAUUCUGUUUAGCAUGGUCUACCCUGCGCAAAAUGAAAAGCUCGUGGAAAAGCUCAAAGAGAAGAAUAUCACUUGCUUUGCAAUGGAUCAGAUGCCAAGAACCUUGAGCAGGGCACAAGCCUAUGAUGUCCUCAGCUCUAUGGCCAACAUUGCAGGCUACCGUGCUGUGGUGGAGGCGAGUCACCACUUUGGCCGCUUCUGCGCUGGACAGUUCACUGCUGCCGGCAAGGUGGACCCAGCCAAGGUGCUCGUGAUUGGUGCCGGGGUGGCUGGCUUGGCAGCCAUCCAGCAAGCGAAGAAUAUGGGAUGCGUGGUUCGCGCCUUUGAUGUCCGACCGGCUACCCGAGAGCAAGUGGUUGCUGCUGGAGGAGAGUUCCUGGAAGUGAACAUCAAUGAAGAUGGGUCUGGCACAGGUGGAUAUGCCAAGGAGAUGUCCAAAGAGUUUAUUGACGCCGAGAUGGAGCUUUUCCGCCAACAAUGUGCAGAAUGUGACAUCGUGAUCACUACUGCCUUGAUCCCAGGCAAGCCAGCACCCAAACUGCUUAAGAAGGAGCACAUUGAUGGGAUGAAGGCUGGUAGCGUGGUGGUAGAUCUGGCGGCAGAGACGGGUGGCAACGUUGAGACCACCAGGCCAGGAGAAAUCUACGAGUACAACAAGGUGACGCAUGUGGGCCUCUCCCUCUAUGAGCACAUGCCAAGCCGAAUGCCGGCUCAGGCCUCUUUCUUGUUCGCCAACAACAUGGCAAAGUUUCUUUGCAGCAUGGGUCCAAAGAACUUCUUCUUCAUCGACUAUGAUGAUGUACCAACGAGGGGAUCGCUCAUUUGCCGUCAGGGCACAGUGACCUGGCCCUGGACUCCUCCGGCACCAGCGCCUACACCUGCUCCCAAAGAGGAAGAAGUUGCGGAACAAGAGCCAGUCGCGCAGAUUUCCCCAGAAGAGGAGUCGUUCAACAGCACUGCCUCAGCGGCUGCUUGGGUAUCCUUCGUCGUUGUCGCGCUGCUUCUGGCAGGAACCGCAGGCAGCACCAUGACCACCAUGCUCACGACCUUGGCCUUGGCCCUGAUCGGUGGUGCCCAAGUGGUGUAUGGAGUGGUUCCGGCUCUUCACUCCCCAUUGAUGUCAGUGACCAACGCAAUCUCUGGCCUCACCGUGGUGGGAGGAGUUCUGAUGAUGGGCGGAGGACUCAUGCCGGAGACCUUGUCCCAGUGGCUCGCGGCCCUCGCUGCCUUGGUGUCCAUGGUGAACGUAGGCGGAGGCUUUGUGAUGACCCGGCGGAUGAUUGACAUGUUCAAGCGAGAUACUGAUGUCUCCCAGUUUCCCGAGCUAUACGCCCUACCAGCAUUGCUGUUUGUUGGCUUGUAUGGUGCCGGCUCCUACUUCGGCAUCAUGGACUUGGCACAGGAGAGUCAGAUGGUUUAUUUGGUCGCCUCCAUGAUGUGCAUUGGUGCCAUCAGCGGACUCAGUUCUCAGCAAACUGCACAGUUCGGGAACGCCAUGGGGUUGAGUGGUGUGCUAGGCGCAUUGGCGGGAACCUUGGGCUUGGCCUAUGCCCAGGGAGCCUCCAGUGCAGUUCUGACCCAAAUUGCGGUGGUUCUAGCUGCAGGCACUGGUCUCGGGAUUGGUGUGGCCUCUCAGGUGGAAAUUACUUCGUUGCCUCAGUUGGUCGCGGCCUUCCACUCUUUGGUCGGCUUGGCUGCGUCCCUGACGGCGGUGGGAUCGGCCCUACAGCAUAGCAGCACCGAUGCGAUGCAUGCAACUUCGGAGUACCUGGCCUCUGGCAUUGGUGCACUCACAGUGACCGGCUCCAUGGUGGCCUUCGCCAAGCUCCAGGGCCUCGUCGGGGGCAAUGCCAAGCUGCCAGGGGGCAAUGUUCUGUCCGGCUCAUUGGCAGCCGCUGUAGCUGCAGGCCUUUACGCCUUCCUUCAGCCGCCGAUCCCUGGAUUCGAGCUGCAGACGCUGCUGGCGGGCACCGCAGCGGCUGCGGGCUUGGGCCUAGUGGUGACCUCCCAGGUGGGAGGUGCUGACAUGCCGGUGGCCAUCACCUUGCUGAACAGCGCCUCUGGCUGGGCCCUGGCGGCGGAAGGCUUUGUUUUGUCGAACAACUUGCUCCUUGGAAGGUGA